GACCCCGCUAGGCACUUCCCGCCUCCCGGGGUGGGGGCGGCACCUGGAGGAACAUCGCUCGAGGGGAGGCGCAGGUGUGUAGGCCAAUGAGGGAGGGCCUGGGCCCAGGGCCUCACGGAGUCAGACCUGUUCUGGGAAGAGCACCAAGUUGUCCCUCCCAAGCUGGUCAAGCCCCACUGAUGAUGGAUGAGAGGGAGGAGGAUGCCGAUGAGGAAGCCUGGCUGCAGCUUCGGCCGGUGGAGCCCUUGCCCUCCCAAUGCUGUGGCAGUGGCUGCUCACCUUGUGUGUUUGACCUCUAUCACCGGGAGCUGGCAAGGUGGGAGGCAGCCCGAGCCAGCAAGGACAGGAGCCUGCUCAGUGGGGAGGAGUCCCAGAGCUGCCCGUCCAAGCUGAGCCCAGAGACCUUCCUGGCCUUCUGCAUCAGUGCCAUGGACAGACUCACCGAGGACACUUACCAUGUCCGGUUUGCACUACCCAGAAACUGCCAGUUCAGCCUGCGGCCUGGCCAGCACCUCAUCCUACGAGGGAAGGUGGAUGGCUUAGAAAUUCAGAGAGCCUAUACGCCCAUCAGCCCUGCCAACGCAGAAGGAUACUUUGAAGUUUUAAUCAAGUGCUACCCGACUGGGCUGAUGUCCCGGUACGUCAAGUCCUGGGGCACAGGACACACAGCUUUCUGGCGAGGACCUUUCGGCGAUUUCUUCUAUAAAGCAAACCAGCUACAAAACCAUGGAGACCACUCUCUUAAAUACACGCCAUAGCUCUCUGCUCGGGAGCCCACUGCUCCCCAGCCCGAAGGCUCUUCCCCUCAUCCUCCUGGCAUGUUCAUCUCCUUCCCUGAUGUGCCUGGGAAGAAUUAGCAAUUUCUCAUCAGUUGGUGCAUAUGUGGACGGCAGCUUGGCAGUGUGUACCAAGAGUCUUAAGAAUCUCCAAAUCCUGUGACCCAGUAAUUCCGCCCCUGGAAGGCUGUCUUAUGGAAAGCAUCCAAAUGCUGCCUCUUGUGCACAUGUUCGUGGAGGCUUUACUUGUAAUAGCAGGAAAUUGGAGGAAACUGAAUAUCCAGCCGCAGGGGAACAGUUAAGUGCACUGGGUUACAGGUACUUGAUAGAAUAUUAUCCUGGAUUUUAAAAUUAUGUUUAUAAAUGAUGUUAUAUGCUUAUGCUGUAAGCAUAUAACAAAACUGAAUAUACAACAGGUUGGGAAACCAAGUUUAAAUGCACAGAAAAUAUAUGAAAAGAAAAUGCAAUGCAGGGCGCCUGGGUGUCUCAGUCG